AUGCGUCUUGCACGGCGCACGCCGUUUUAUGGCCCCCCGCCAGAGGCACUCGCGCGCGUCCACGCGCUUUUUUUCGCACACGCAAACGAUCCUGCAGCACAGAAUGAAGCUUUGGAGAUCGUGCGGAUGUGGAUGAACCGCGCGGCGUGCCCACAGGCGGUGGAAGCCACCGCACUGCUCGUGCAGAGCCACCUCCAAGACCGAGAUGCGCGGCAUGGCGACGGUGUACGUGCAAUGUAUGCGAUGGCAAUCGUGAGGUUCGUCAAUUCUGUAGUGGAUUCGUUCCAAACGGGAAUGUACGCCCAGUCGAUCAGCAGCAUUGCCGAGCGGAUUGGGAUGCCGCAAUGGCUGGUGCAAGUGCGGCAUAUGGCGACGCACGAGGACCUUCCGAGCAUGAGUGUGUGCCGCGAAGCUUGUGCUCUUGCCCUUGCAUGGCUAGACGCACACUACUGGCAGCCCACUUUGCACCCAGGCCACGAUGCGCACACCGCACAAGAUACCCAAGCAGAAACGGCCGCGCGCCAAGCCGCCGCUGCGAGCGCGGCGCAGUUGCUGCAUGCAUACCGCGUACACGCACAAGCGCUUGCAAAAGACAAGAGCUUGGCGAUGCGUGGAUCGCCGCCCUUGGCGCGGAUCGUUGCCGAGGUGGAGCAGUGGGUCCGCGAAGAAGUCGCACGGCGCGCUGCUUUGCCCCAGGACGAUGGUGCACUUUUUCGCCAGGGGGCACGCAACUACGAGGAAGACGGGGGGAAGCAGGAUGUGGCAGAACUGUGCACGGCAGCCGUGCUUGCCCUCCUCGACACGCAGCUUCUCCUGCCCGGCGCGCUCUUUCCCGCCCGCAAAGAGCGCCGCGAACUGCGCACGGAAGUAAGCGCACCGCUUCUUCAGGAACACAUCGAAUUAUGGGAUCCAUUGCUGUGUGCGCUGCAGACAGCCUUUCCCAUCUUUUUGCCUUUGCUCCUCCAGGUGCUCGCCCAGACUGCUGCCGGCGCCAAGCGCGAAAGUGCGCAUGUAGCGCAGCACUGGCUAGCGUAUUUUGCCAUGAAUCCUGCGUACGCGGCCAUGUCUACUCCUCCCUCCAUUCCGCGCUGGCGCCAUGCGGUGAAUGCCGAGAUGCUUCGGCACGCGCCGCACGAGGCCGACGUCAUUUCUGGCGAGACGGCGCCGCCCACCACCCUAUCUCGACUCGUGCUCCAGUACUGCCUCGAGGCGCCAUCUACGACGACAUGCGCGCUUGCCCAGGAGAUUGCACACGGCACGCCCGUUGCCGCGCGUGUCGCACGUCUCAUUGCACUGCACAAUGCACCGAGCACAGACGACCAGGAUGCGGAUACACUCCUGGAUGCCAUGGAAGCGCGCGCUGCUUUUCUGCACGGUGCGCCGCACCACACGCCCAGCUCGCCGCACCCAGAGCCCAGCGCGCCGCACCCAGAGCCCAGCGCGCCGCACCCAGAGCCCAGCGGGCCUACUGCCUUGCGCGGAUGGGCGUGGGCGGGCGCUGCAUGGCACCCUACGCCGAUUGGAUGCCUCCAAGGCGAACUACUGCCUCUUUUUGUACAUGAUUCCUAG